AUGGUGUUCCAGCGAGAGCAGCUCAUUAGCCCAGAGAGACAGGUGGACAGCUCUGGCCUCCUCACCUCCCCUCCUGGGCGGGGGCUGGAACUGGACCGCGCAGGAAGUGUCUUAGUCUCGAGGGGAGGGUCUGACUGCAACGACGCGGUGGCUCUGGCGACUGCCACCUCUGCCCAGGCCCCAGUGGUGCAGCCCGUUCCUGCCUCGCAACAGCGAGUGCUGGUUCAGGCUACAGGAUCAUCUCAGAAGAGUCCUCAGGUGCAGCAGCUCUCAGUUCCCAGGGUACAGCAGGUGUCACAGCACGUUCAGCAGGUCCAGCAUGUGUACCCAUCCCAGGUCCAGUACGUGGAGAGUGGGGAGGCGGUCUACACCAACGGAACCAUCCGGACGGCCUACUCCUACAACCAUGAGGCUCAGCUGUACGGCCAGGGCAGCGGUGGUGCCUACUUCGACUCCCAGGCAGGCGGCGCCCAGGUCACCACGGUGGUGUCGUCGGCCAGCGGCGUGCACCCGCACAGCAUGGUGGGCAUCGCCAUGGACGUGGGCGGCAGCCAGAUCAUCUCCAGCGGCAGCGCCUACCUCAUCCACGGCAGCAGCAUGGAGGGAGGACGCCACCACAACACGCCCACCUCACGCUCCUCCUCUGCUAUGCUUGAAAUGGCGAUUGAAAACCUCCAAAAGUCUGAAGGGAUUGCCACUCACAAAAGCAGCCUGCUCAACAGCCAUCUGCAGUGGCUGCUGGAUAACUAUGAGACUGCUGAGGGGGUGAGCCUGGCGCGCUGCUCGCUCUACAACCACUACCUGCGCCACUGCCAGGAGCAGAAGCUGGACCCCGUCAACGCCGCGUCCUUCGGCAAGCUCAUCCGCUCCGUCUUCAUGGGGCUCCGCACCAGACGCCUCGGCACCAGGGGUAACUCAAAGUACCACUAUUACGGCAUCCGGAUAAAGCCGGACUCCCCUCUCAACCGGCUGCAGGAGGACUCGCAGUACAUGGCCAUGAGGCAGCAGCCUGUGCACCAGAAACAGAGGUUUAAGCCACUGCAGAAGGUGGACAGCGUGGGUUACGGUUUGUCCGGCGGCUCCAAUAAUGCCUCCAGCACCCCUGAGCAGUCCGUGGCCGCCCAGAGCCAGCACCACCAGCAGUACAUUGACGUGUCGCAUGCUCUCCCUCCCUUCCCUCCUCUGGACCUGGGCCCCGUGCCCCUGCCUGAGCGCAUCAACAUGGCCGACAUCAAGAAGCUGCAGACCCUCUACAGGGACCACUGCGAGGCAACACUGGAUGUUGUGAUGAACCUGCAGUUCCACUACAUUGAGAAGCUCUGGCAGUCCUUCUGGUGUUCAAGUGCGCCAUCUAGUGACGGAUCCACUACAAUCACUAACAGCGACGAGGACAUGGAGAACGUGAUUCCGCAUGAGACGCUGGUGGCGCUGUGCAAGUAUGAGCCUGUGAAGCAGUGGAUGCGCAGCUGUGACCACAUCCUGUACCAGGCCCUGGUGGAGAUCCUCAUCCCAGACGUCCUGAGACCUGUGCCCAGCACGCUGACCCAGGCCAUCCGUAACUUUGCCAAGAGCCUGGAGAGUUGGCUGACGUCCGCCAUGUGUGACUUCCCCCAGGAGACCGUGCGCACUAAGGUGGCAGUGGUGUCUGCGUUUGCACAGACGCUGCGCAGGUACACCUCUUUGAACCACCUGGCGCAGGCGGCGCGCGCCGUGCUGCAGAACACCUCCCAGAUCAACCAGAUGCUGUCCGACCUCAACCGCGUGGACUUCGCUAACGUGCAGGAGCAGGCGUCGUGGGUGUGCCAGUGUGACGAGAGCAUGGUGCAGCGGCUGGAGCAGGACUUCAAGGUGACGCUGCAGCAGCAAAGCUCCCUGGACCAGUGGGCCGCCUGGCUGGACAACGUGGUCAACCAGGUGCUGAAGCCCCACGAGGGUAGCCCCAGCUUCCCCCGUGCCGCCCGCCAGUUCCUGCUCAAAUGGUCCUUCUACAGCUCCAUGGUGAUCAGGGAUCUGACCCUGCGCAGUGCCGCCAGCUUUGGUUCCUUCCACCUGAUCCGCCUGCUCUAUGACGAGUACAUGUUCUACCUGGUGGAGCACCGUGUUGCCCUGGCCACCGGCGAGACGCCUAUAGCUGUGAUGGGAGAAUUCAGCGACCUCAACUCCAUGAUGCCUGUACUGAUGGAUAAAGACCCCUCGUUCUCGGACGACAUGAGUGACCUGGGGAGCGACGGUGACGUGUCACGAGGGCCCAGCGAGCCGGCGGUGAAGCGGGAGAGGAUCGAGCUCAACCACUCGCUGCAGGAGAUCUGAGCUGCUCCACGCACGCACACACACACACACACACACACACACACAGUGACCAGCUGACCUGUGUGCAUGUUUUCCCACGGGCUCUCAUACCCCCGGACUGUGGGGAUGGCACAGCCAGCGUAUCUCUGGGUUCUGCGUUAUGCUGCAGGCCUGAGGGUGUGUGUGUGUGUGUGUGUGUGUGUGUGUGUGGUCGGCGAGAGAGGGGGGCUGUGUGCUGUAGUUCCCCACUCCGUUCUGUCCUCCGCGUUUGCCCCGUGUUUGUGACUGUGAAUCUGUAGUGUGUACGAGUGCCGUUACUCUUGUUAUAGCUGUGCCAUAGCUAGUGUUUAUUCCAGUGCCUUAGAUCUAUAAAGGAAAAAAAAAAGCAGUCUGAAUAAAACCAACACAAACACCCACCCCCAACUCUAUAGGAGGAGCACUCCCCUCCUCCCACCCCACCCCCCUCCCAGCUGUGCCUCUUAAUGCAGGAUGAAUGUAUGUUUUCAUAACCUCAAGAGAACGCUUUCUAAAGCACCUUCUAGACUUGUAGGAGACUUAGGACUAACUCGCACACCUUGCACUCCUAUAGCUGAGCGCAUGUCAGUGAGACUCCGCCUAAGGCACGCCUCUAACCCCCCCCCCCCCCCCCCAACCUGCAGAGGGCGCUCUCUCCCACUCCCCAGAGCCUUGUCUGCCCAAAGCACGCCUCGUCCCGUCCCCAUUCCCCUCGGCCUGCAGAUGGCGCUCUCUCCCACUCCCCAGAGCCCCUGCUGCUGCGCUGACUGCAGUAUGGAACCCUUGGCCAUAUGAGAUCGCCCACACUGCUAUGACCACUGGGGCGGCGCCACCUGCAUCUGUCCCCAGAGGCAGCACGUGUGGGGGAACCAGUCUGUUUUCUAUCUCCCCUUUAAAACCUACUUUCCUCUCUGCCUCACUCUGAUUUUAAAGAAGCUAAUGUUUAUAUAUUUACAUAUGUAUUUAAAGUGCACAUGGCCUCAGCUAUGAUGUCGUCAACCUGAUUUCUUUACAAACGUGUCUGCCAGAGUAGCAUGUUUUUUAACACAACAAAUCAGGCCUGUUAUACAACGCACAUUUUUAAAGAAGUAGUUGUCCCCAUUCCAGUAGGCCUUACACAGCCGAGUUCAACCCUGUUUCAUUACGUUUCGUGCCGGUGUACAUUUAACCGAUUUGAGUGACGGGACGGACAGUGAUCAUCAGUGACUCUGCUCAGAGUACCAUGACAUGUAAAUAUGUGACGGAUCUGCGAGUCGUUGCUCGAGGGGUCCCUUCUGAAAGCCUUCAGGACGCCUGAGCUGAGUCCAGUCCAAAGUUUAGCGGCCUUAACCACAUCCUGACCGACUCCUAACACAGCCAGUCCGGAUCGACUGGAGAACCUGCUCUAGACUGAUCUGAUGUGAGGGUUAAAGACUCUAGAGCGUCAUGACGCCCAGCUCCUAUAGGGGGCACUCCUCCACACAGAUUUAACUUGGGGACAGUUGCAGCCUACAUUGCCUGGGAUGUGUGUGGGUCCUGGGCUUGUUAUUACGGUCCUGAUGGCUGCCCCCCAGCUUGGAGACCCUCUGAGCUAAGAGGAAACAAAUAAAGUGGUGAAUCUGUAAGGUGUAAAUCCCACAUAGCGUAAUUAUUUACCUGCACGUGUUUGUCUUUACCCACAGCUUAAUCCUGAGCAGAUCGCCUUUUUAAAUAAUAUAAUUUUUAAAGAGCUGAAUUAUUAGCUAUGUUGGACCCCCCGCCCGCCCGCCCGCCCGCCCGAUGUAUAAUAGUGCGUUUUAAAAAGUGAAAUUGAGACUUUUAAGGUGAUGUAUGGAAAAAAAAAAAGUGAAUUGUUUAAAAAUAACAAGCUCCUUGAGCUUCUUGAUGGUUUUUGCAGUUCAGUUUUCAGACCUGUUGAAUGUGUUUGCUCUUGGUACCAGUUGAGUGAGUGGCUUUGGAUCGUUCCCAUGUCCGCACCCCUCUCCUCCGGACCUCCUGGGCUCCUCUCGAGUCGCGGGCUGCUUCCCAGAGUUCUCACGGCUGGCACCAACCCAGAUUUUUUUUUUAGUUUAAAAAAAAAAUAAAAAAAAAAAAAAAAGGCGAAAAGAUGAGAUUCCUGAUGUGUGGACAUCUUUGCGUCCGGUCUGUGAAUAUUCUAACUGUGGGCUUCUCCUGUGUGAAGCCUGCUCUUGCCUCUCGGUACCACAUGCCGUCUGACCCCUGACCCUCCGCAUAUUUAUUAGCGCCGCUCCGGACACUACCCAUCCUCUCGGCCCAUUCCAAUAGUUGUAUGAUGUCUAAGUCCUGAACUAAAGAUUUGGUAAAAGCUUUUCUUAGUCCAUGUUUUUAACUUGUGCCUGUCACAGUAACUUGCCUUUAGAGUAUUUGGAAAAGGUAUUUUCUGUGUCAUUGUUUUUUUGUAAUGCUGUUUAGACUUCUCUGGUUGAGGAUUAUUUUUAUUGGACUAGACUGAUUCUUCUCACAAGUAUAUUGAUACUUUAUUUUUGUGUAUUUUUAAACCUGUUCUUGACUUCUUUACCGGGCCAGAGAACAGAGACUCUGUAACAAACUGCAUAGUUCAAUUGUAUUUUGUACCGGUUAAAAAUAAAAACAAAACUGGUGUAAGCCGCA